ACUGCGCAAUCGUUGAAGUACGCCAAAAUGGCGGCUUCAGGAGCCCUUGAACCUCGUGUCUUAACGUACUCAAUUCAUAAGUGUUCAAGCCAUUCUGCAAAUUAUUUGCCCACGAAUAUUAUGGUGGACAAACCGAAUGAUCAAUCGUCACGAUGGUCUUCAGAUAGCAAUUAUCCGCCCCAGUUUCUUAUACUAAAACUGGAAAAACCAGCCAUUGUGAUGAGCGCCACAUUUGGCAAAUACGAAAAGGCGCAUGUUUGCAAUCUUAGAAAAUUCAAGAUUUACGGAGGACUGAAUGAUGAACACAUGACUGAGUUGUUAUUCAGUGGAUUAGCGAAUGAUCAUAUGAAAGAGUCAUUUGAGCUUAAACAUGAGUUGGAUGGGAAAAUGUUUCCUUGCCACUUUAUUAAGAUAGUUCCUAUCAUGUCAUGGGGUCCCAGUUUCAACUUUAGUAUUUGGUUUGUGCAGCUGUCAGGAGUUGAUGAUCCAGUGAUUGUUCAACCAAGUCUGGCAUGGUUUAACACUGUAAGGAGGAANGAAGCAAUACGCCUAUGUUUGAAACAUUUUCGACAGCACAACUACACAGAAGCUUUUGAGUCAUUACAGAAAAGAACAAAGAUCUCUCUUGAACAUCCUGUUCUGACAGAACUUCAUCAAAAACUGGUAACAGUUUUUAUUAAUUACAUAUGCCUUGCUACGUGUGAAGACAGCAGUUGUUCACGUCCUGGCAUGAGGGGUGGGCAUCAGAUGUCAAUUGACAUGGAAGCUCAAGUUAUCUACUUGCUGGGUGGCUGGGAUGGAAUGGUCGACCUGGCUGACUUCUGGUCAUUCAGUGUUGAGUCUGCUCAAUGGACGUGCCUGUCGCAUGAUACUGAGCAGGAGAGGGGACCGUGUGCAAGAUCCUGUCAUAAAAUGUGUCUGGAUGGUAAAAGGAAGUUGAUAUAUACUUUGGGCAGAUACUUAGACUCUGAAAUGAGAAACUCAACACCACUUAAGGUACCAUGCAUGUCAUACAGUGUAUGUUAUUUUUGCAGAGAUGAUUGCCCUGAUCUGCGAUCAAGAAUAGGACAUUCUAUGCUGUUUCAUCCCGAAAAAAGGCUUCUAUAUAUCUUUGCUGGUCAAAGAGGAACUGAGUUUUUAAGUGACUUUAUCACAUACAAUGUGGACACUCAUGAAAUAUCAUUUAUAAAUGAUGGAAGCAAAAAGGACUGUGAUCAAGUUCCUGCUGCAGGUUUUACUCAGAGAGCAACAAUUGAUCCGGAACUGAAUGAAAUCCGUGUCUUAUCUGGUUUGAGUAAGGAUAAAGAGAAACGAGAAGAGACAGCGAGAAACUCCUUCUGGGUGUACGAUAUAGAGCGUAAAACAUGGUCGUGUGUGUACAAGAAUGAGAACAUAGGUCAGCAGUACUGGACUAAGAUGCAGAAUGUAGAGCCAUGUCCUCGGUUUGCUCAUCAGCUAGUGUAUGAUGACAUCCAUAAGGUGCACUACCUGUUUGGUGGGAACCCUGGAAAAGCUAGCAUACCUAAGAUGAGACUGGAUGACUUCUGGUCACUCAAGCUGUCAAGACCUUCCAGAGAACAGUUACUGCGCAGAUGCCGAUAUUUAAUUCGUAAACAAAGGUAUAGGAAGUGUCUGUCUGACUGUUUGUCUGUCUGCCCGACAGCCUGUCUCUCUGUCUCCGUGUGUCUGUCUGUGUCUAACCGUCUGUGUUUUCGCCUGAUUGCAUCCAGCCUCUUUUCACAUUCCAUCUCCUCACAAGAACGAAUGGUGACUGAUGCAGAAUCUCUGUCGCCGCCCUUGCGUAACGGUUUCACUGGAAGAACACAGUUGUUCGAUACGCUGGUGUCCUUCUUUCCCGAACACAUGACACAGCCCAAAGGAAAUCUAGUUGACUUGAUCACUUUCUAACGUCCUGAAAGAUCGAUCAAAAAUGAACGGACCGUCAUCAAAAGGAUUAUCACACGCUCCUUCAGAGACUUCUUUGAACUACGUUACAUUGCUACCGUUGUGUUAAUUUGGAAACGUUCAUACAUCGUAAUUUCCUCACAUGCCGUAUGACGUAACCGGAAGUAACCUAAACCGGAAGUGUUCGUAACAAUGUUGAAGGCAGCUUUGACAGCUGGAGAUAGUCGUGCCCAAACCUGGACACCCGUGUAGAAUCUACCUGUUUUCCAUUUACUGAGAAUGAGUAUGGAUACUGACUCCAACAACAAAUCAAAGACAUUACUUUGAGGACGCGAAGGAUUAUUCAGCUUGCUGAAGAUGUCACUAGGGUUUGCCAUCUUUUGUUGUGAAUAAUGGACUUCUGUUUGAAUGCUCAGGACUGCUCGUUAAUUGACACUUGCUAACGUUUACAACAACUAGUUGGAUUUUUUUUUACAGCGGUUGCUUUUAAGUUCUCCGUUUCCUGGGUUUUGGGUUUUGACUAGUCAAGCAAUGAAAGAAAACAACAAGACAACGAAAACCAAAAAAUGUGAAGUAUUGACGGCAAAGCUCGUAAAAUAUAAGUUACUAUUAUCAAAGAAAUUUUAAAUGUACAGUUUAAGUUCAAUACUGUUUCAAAGCUAUGUUUUGUAUCUUGUUCUUCAUAGUGUGAAAGAAAAAAAAACUAUUCUCUCUCGCGAGAGACAUUUAGCUUUUCGUUUCACCUCAAACGGAUGUUAAGCGUCCCUCCAAUCUUUUCAAUGCCCUCUGGGCAUUCCAAGCGAAAGUGUGGAUUUUAUUUAAGAAGGUGAUAAACAUCGACUUUCCAUCUGCACCGCUCCACUCCCCCUCCCCCUCAGGUACACCAAUCACCGCCCUAUUUUAAACAGUUACUUUCAGUAGUAUGUCCUAACUGUUCACAGCUCUCUAUUUUCUCGUAUUUUUAUUCCAUCGUUGAACGCGCGGAUAGAAUCGCGAGAGAACUGGACGCCAGCACAAAACGGAAGACUUGACAGGGUAGGGAGGUGGGUAGGGAAGGCAAAACCCCACCCCCCCACCCCCACCCCCGCGUGUUUCGCGCUCGCUUCGCUCACUUUUUCUUUCGCGUCUGUAAAUUGAGAGGCUGUGAACAGUGUAGUAUAUCCCAGUUAACUAGACCACUUGGUUUGAAAAUAAACAUUCCAGAAGUCUUCUGAAGUGUAUUUAACAAAUGAUAAACAGACUGUAAUUUUUUUAUAUGAGAAGUACGUGGUGUCCGCUUUAUCGAGAGUCAAAACAAUAAAAGUGUCAUUUUGGUACCUC